AUGACUAACCGCAGGGUGUGGCAGCUGCUGAAGCAGUGGCUGGAUUAUGAACAGGAGCUGCUGGACUCAGAGAGGAUCUGGGAGGACAAACAGGAAAAGUGGAUCUCAGGAUAUCAGGAUCCGGAAGAUGUGGCUGAUCUCUGGAGAGAAGAUGAGGAGAAGUGGUUGGAGGAAAAGCAAUCCUCUAGAAAGAUACUAGAGGAGAUCCUUGGAUCAUCUGAGAAGCUAAAAGAAGGAUCCCCAGAGUUCCUCCUGGAGCUGAAUCAUCAGAUCUGUGAGAGGAGACUGCAGAUGGAGCGCAGACGCUCUAUAUGGCUGAAGAAAGAGGCCUGGUACCAGGGGAGAGAGGCCUCCAAGACCACUGUCAUCACCCUGAGGAAGGAACUCAGAGAUCUACGAGGCAGGUGUGAGAAAUACAAACAAAGAUUGCCGAGAGACCUGAUGGAGUCUGAUGCUGAGGUCCUUGAGUCUGCAGCUGAGGUCCCUGAGUCUGCAGCUGAGGUCCCUGAGUCUGCAGCUGAGGUCCCUAAGUCUGCAGCUGAGGCCCCUGAGUCUGCAGCUGAGGUCCCUAAGUCUGAUGUCCAGCACCUGCAGCAGCAGCUGCUGCUGAAGGAGCAGAUGUUGGUUUCUCUGAGAGCUAAGAUGGAGAAGCAGGUGGAGCUGCAGCAGAGCACGCAGGCUCUGGUGCAGGCGGCGAAGCAGGUGGUGGAGGUUAGUGAAAAGGAAUCCUUCAAAAGGCAAAAACUGCUGCAACUUGCCAAUGAACAAUGUCAGCAGUAUUUUGAGAAUCACCCUAAUCAUUCAGACUCCGAAGAGGACGUUCUGGUCUAUAGUUUAACCACUGGAGAGAUGUGUACUAUCGACGAGAGCAGAAUGGAGAAACUCAGGUCUAUCUUUUUAAAGCUGAGGGAAAAGCAUGGGGCACCAGGCUCUGAAGACGAAGGCUCUGAGGAGCCCAUGACCCCAGAGAUGGUUGACGGCCUGAGGACCUCCUUAUACCAAAGAAUAAGGAAAACGAACAAGCACCUCCAGAAAUAUUGCACAUGGGUUUCCACUUUUUGUAUAGAGACCGACAAGCUGUGUAAGAUCCAGGACCGCUGUAUCAAAGGCUUCAUAAACUGCUUCUUUGAGUGGAGAGAGUUGAGGAGAACAAAGCAGACAUGGAGCCCUCCUCUGAACAAUGGGGUUAGAGUACCUCCAGAGAACAGGUUCAGGAGGUUAGUUCACAAAGCUUUCAUGCCACACACUUACACAUACAGGCCAUCACUUGAAGAGAACGAUGGUUCGAUGAUUAAGGUGGAGGACGCUGAAAUCCUUAACCCCGCCUACUUCCAAUGGAACCAAUUCUUAUUGGACAAUCCCUCCGAACAGGUGGAGUAUUUAGAUUGGGUUUAUUAA